GGACGUCUUAUAUCUCACUCUGGGCGACGAUAAUUCGCUGCAUCGAUGGGAGAUCACGACACUUCUAUGGAGGAGUCAAGGCCAACAAACUUGAAGAAACUAGUUGUAAUGAGGAAGGUUGCCAUGCCACACUGCUCGGAUUAUUCGAGGCAAAGUUGUCAUUUUCAAUAAUUAUAAUCAUGUCGCUUGAAGUUGCUGAAUUUUUCAAGCGUUUUGUCUCUGUUUUCGCUAUUGUUGUCCCAGCUAUUGUGAUGGCAUAUGGCGGACUCCAUACAAACUAUAGAACUCAGUUGAAUAAGAUAACGGUGAUGCGACUGGAGUCUAGUGGUCGUAAUCUACUAUUGGGCUUGGAGGGAGGCAAUGUCAACCUUCUCAAUGUGGCCACUUUCGAAUUCUCAUCGGCCAUCAUAUUCCAGGACAAAAUUGUGCAAAGUGUGGAGGAAGACUACAAGAUCAACCCGGGCGCAGUGGAGGCAAUAGAGGAGCAGCCGGGCAAUCCAGACAAUGUGCUCAUUGGCAACAACCGAGGUCUCAUGGUCCUCUGGAACAGGAAGACAUCUACUGCCGAACAGACGUUCAUAAGUUCCCAGCAGUUGGAAAGUGUGAGUUGGGAAGCAGACGGCCAGCAGUUUGUGUCGGCGCACAACGACGGUAGCUAUGCCUAUUGGGGAUGCACCAGCAGUAAACCCCAGGAGGAGCCCAGCACACCCUACGGGCCCUUUCCCUGCAAGGCUAUCACUAGCAUUGUGUGGGCGCAUGAUGCUAACCAGCCCACGCAAGAUUUGUUGCUGUUCUCUGGUGGUAUGACGCGAGCCAGCUACGGUGAUAAGAACACGAUCACGGCACUCAGAGGCAAACACGUGUCCGAGGGCAAGCAUGUCAUAUUCGACUUCACAUCCAAAAUCAUUGACUUCUUCACCAUCAGUGUGCCCGAUGGAGGCAAAGGUGUGUCAGCCCUGAUAGUGCUGGCCGAAGAGGAGUUGGUGGCAAUUGACCUGGCCGGCGAGGAAUGGAAGAUGCUGUGUCUGCCCUACCUGGUAUCACUGCAUGCCAGUGCCAUCACGUGUGCCACGUAUGUCAGCGACGUGCCAGCCGACACCUGGCACGACAUUACUCAAGUAGGGCGUAUGCAGAACAGUGGCCUCUACUCCGAUGCGGAGUGGCCAAUCAACGGCGGCAUAUGCGAGGCUGACGGGGAUGAUGAUGGAGAGGGGAAGGGUGAGGAGGUGGAGGUGGAGGGAAGCCGCGACAUUCUGCUGACAGGACACGAAGACGGGUCGGUGCGCUUCUGGUCGGCGGGAGGCGUGGCACUGUCGCCGCUAUACACGUUUGCUUCCAAGCAGGCCAUGCAUGCUCAGGAUGAUGACGACAUUUUGGUGGAGCACCCUGUAGAUGAGGCGGCUGAUAACGGCGAGGUGGAGGAGGAUGAGGAUUGGCCUUUCCGAAAGGUUAGUUCAGACUG